AGAUCGAUAUUAUGUCCCCUUCCUGUUUCCACGUUUUUACCAAUGUUCUAAGCUAUGCUGCAAUGAAAUGUCAAUUGUAAGAUUCUCAGUGAACCGAGUGAGUUAGAGGUAUGUACAUCAGCAAGGUUGCGUAUAAGGUACCUUAAACUUCUUUUUUUUUUUCUCCGCAAGAUGGAGUAAUGCGUUCAUUCCGCCGAUUCUUCAUUGGAAAAUAAAUUUUUUCAAGACUUUAUCAAAGGAAUAUGGUUAUCGAUAAUUCGUUUAAAUUUGCACUUGACUCUUGCUGGUCUAAAAUAUAAUAAUUGUAAAGCAACAUUGUACAUGUGUUCAAUAUAUAACCCAAUGGAUUUAAAUGUACGCUCGUACGUCUUGGGUGGAGCUGCGUGUGCAAAAAAGGAGCGGAUCAUGUUACAGGAACAUGUCGAGGGCAAUCAUGCAGUCAGUAUGGCCGAAUGUGAGGGAAAAUUCAAACGCGUUCGACUAGGAUUGGAUAAUAAGCAGUUGAGGACAAUGAGGGCCUUGUUUGACUCUACCCGACACCUCGGGGUUUUUCACCUGGAAACCAUUUUAGACAUUGGUUAUGCAGACUCUAGCCUGAGUCAUAAACAAAGAGGACUUGGGCCUAAGGUUCCCAAAACGGAAAACCCAUCGGGCAGUUCGACUCUUAACCCGAAUGAGAUCACAUCUCUUCAUUAGAUAUCU